GCGUCUCCUGGCUCUGCCGGGGAUGGGAACUGUUCAAGAAAAAGUUCCCGGAGCAGUUCGUGGACAAGCAACGCGACUUCUGGGUGCCGGAUCUGGAGUCCAGGAUCAUCUUCCGCAGCACGGCCCCGGAGUACGCUCGUGCUCUACAGUGGGCACACCACCUGGUCUACUCGGCAGCUCGCCUGGACAACGUGGAGGCCUCUUUGCUGACGAAGGUGCAGGAGCUCACUUGGCACUCGGCACGGGUGACAACGCUUGAUCAAGCGGUGCACUUUGGACGCACCCCUCAGGAGAUCGGAGUGCAAGCGAACUGGAAAAACCCAGGACCGCUCGUCCUGAAGUACACCAGAUCGCGGUCGUCUCUGCCGGCAAAGAUGAUCAAACAGUUGGUGGCGGAGAUCUCUCAGAACCACCAGCCGGCCUGCGCUCGCGAGGACGACGAGAUCGAGGACGGCGAAGACACGGACCUCAACGUCAGCGAGUUCUUCGUGAAAGCUCCGGAGAAAGGCUCCAGCUACGAAUACAAGUUCCACGUGUGCUCUGCCGACAAUGUGGACGAGAUCGCCUGCGGCAUGAUCAAGGCUGCGGAUUAUCGCACCUCCUACCCCGAUGCCGACAAAGUUCCAGACCUGGCCAAUGGCAUGCUCUCGAUCGAGCGCUUCUCGAUGCUCGGCGAGUCCAUCUCGGCGGUGAAGGCGACGCUCAAGGCCAUCGUCGGGGACUUCCGAGAGAUCUUCGUGAACCAGCGCCCCAAAAUCGUGCUCACCUACAUGCGCGAGCCGCGUCGGAAGUUCGUUGAGCGGAUCCAUAGAGACUACAUGGUCCAUGGAGCAGUCGCCUUCUACGAGGUCGCGGAAAUGCGCACGAGGUCGGAUCGUCUCGUUCAGACGUCCGGUUUCAGCAAGACCUCCGACGAUCUCCUUCGGGUUGUUCAACACGAUAACAAGAUCUCCGUUACCUCUGAGGGCGACGCGAUGGACAGGAUCCACUCCUUCUUUGUAGCCCUCGAGUACCUCAACAUCUGCGAGUUCUCCAAGGAUGCGGGUCCACUUCCUUAUCUCUCAGAUCUCGAAGAGUGGCGACAUGAGAACCGAGGGCUCGCACUUCUCCUGGCAGCCGACACCCUGAUCAGGAAGAAGGUCUAUCGGCUGAGCAACGACAAGCGCAAAGAGCUCCCUACCUUCUUGGCUGCUCUGUUGGAGGUCCUCAAGAACCAUAAACAGCUCUGGAAUGACGCCCGAUCGAGCGCCGAGAUUGACAAGUUCAAGCAACCGGAGCUCGACUCCACUCCUGCUCGGAAGCGCAGGGCGGAUUCUCCGCCCCCGCCUCCCACACCAGAGAAGGCGCUGCUCAAGAAGGCCAAGGAGGUCCUGGAGCCCGGCAAGGUCACCCUCAAGCCAGCCAAGGUCACGGAGAAAUCCGAUCGCGACAAGCGCACUCCGGAGUCGGAGUGGAAGACCUUGGCGUCCAUCAAGUACACAGGUCGGAAGAGGUCGAGACAACCGGACGCCUGCGCCGGCUCCGCGCAGGUGUCUACGCUCUUGGAGCCACCCGGGUGGUGGGGCAAAGCUGGCAUUAGCAAAGCUCUCCGGCAAGAAGGGCUUCGAGUUCUGCCGCCUAUCGACAUCACCGUCGAGGGCGAGGUCCACGAGCCAGCUGACAUCCUGGACGCCGAGCUCUUCGACUUCGUCAUGCUCUUGGUACAGAUUGGCGCAGUGGACUUCUUGCAUCUAGGUACUCCCUGUGGCACGUUCAGCAUUGCUCGGACGCGGCCCGGGGGUCCGCCUCCCCUCCGAUCGGAGGCUUUUCCUUUAGGCUUCCCUGAGCACGAGGGAGAGCUAUGGUGGCAACUUUGGUCAGGAAAUGAGUUCCUGGCUCGAUCUCUCCUUCUCAUGGAGGCGGUGGUCAAGGCAGGCGGGGACACGUCGCUCGAGAACCCACUCUCAAGCCUCAUGUGGAAGGUCUCGUGGGUUCAGAAGCUGGCGCGCGAACUUCACCUGUUCCAAGUGGACAUGGAUCAAUGUGAAUAUGGUGGCAACGCCGCUGUCGGGGAGAUCACCCACAUGUUCCUCUACAAGGCUUUGUUCGUGACGCUCGAGGUAUAUCCCGAUCGUUUGUGCCAGGUCGUUGCCAGUUCAGUUGGCCGAGUUGUGCGAGGCGAACUUCCCCAGUUCAAGGCUUCCUUUGCGUUGACGGACGCCAGCUCGAGCAGGAAAAGGCCUCUCGGUGCGCGUCGGACCUGGCUUCAGCAUCGACAAUAUCAGGCGGCUCAGCUGGCAGCGGCAUCGGGCCAGCUCAAACGUGGAGCCCUCAAGCCGCUCUUGCAGAUCGAAUGUGACCAAGCCAAGCCAUCCAAUGGGCAUUGCAGGUCACACACCCUUUCACUGUACCACCUGAGCUCAGCCCGAGAAUACAAAACAACAUUCGGCGGAUCUUGCAAGCUCCACGUGAGCUUGUUCAGGCUCGUGAACGAUUGCUUGCUUUUUGGAGGAAACGUGCUCAGCAACUCCUACCUGUCUCCGAUCGAGAGCUGCUCGCCGAGCGCGAUCCCCACUUGCGGUGCCUUCUGCGCGGCGUUCCUGAUGAUGCUCCUCCUCAGCUGGGUCGAAGCACUUCGCAGGGCCUGGGAGUUCAAGAAGAAGAUCUUUCAAAGGUGUGCUGCAGUUCCAGUAAACGACAACCUCAGAGCCAUAUGGAAGUCGACUAUCGAGGACUCGAGGACGUGGAGGAAGGCUACUCUCUUGGCCCGCUCGCGGAUGAGGCAGUGGAUCCCGACUCAGAGGUUUGAGGUCGUCCAGAAGAACAAGGUCAGAGGUUGUGGCAGUGCAACCUCCAACUUGGUCAACAGGACGGCAGUGAUCACCGAGAAGCUGCAGCUCCCGUCGACCGAUCUCAACGUGGCCGUUCUCAGGGAGAUCUACACCCUAUCGGGCCGCCAAAGGUUGCAUGGUUGGGUCCUUGACGAGAGGAAGGCCUAUCGGCAGAUUCCGGUCAAAGUGGACCAUCGUCGGUUCACGGUGAUCUGCCUCAAGGACCCCGGAGAUCACAAGCCUAAGUACUUCGUGAUGAUGGGCCACUCGUUCGGGCUCGUCUCUGCAGUCUAUAAUUAUAACCGCAGAUCUGCGGCCAUCAAUGACAUCUUUGAGGAGAUCUUCUCAAUGAUCUCCUUCAACUUCUAUGAUGACAAGUACGGGUUCGAGGCCUGCGCGACAGCUCCCUCGGCAAGGAAAGUGGCGGAAGAGAUCCACUUUCUCUUGGGCGCCCAGUUCGAGGCCAAGAAGCUCCAACUCUCCUCGUCUCCAGUGAUCCUGGGCGUUACCUACAACCUGGACUCGAUGGUUCUGGAGAUUAAGAAGGAGAGGAAGGAAGAGCUCGUGGAGACAAUCGACUCCAUCCUCCACGCAGGGACUUUUGAUCCGCGGUCAGCGGGCAAGCUCAAAGGCAAGCUGAUGUUCGGGUCGAGCCAGCUCUGGGGGAAAGUGGGGAGUGCCUUCUUUCGCCCCCUCUCGGAGCGGCAGUACCUGAAAGACUUGACGGAGGAUCGGACACGCCUAACCGAGCCCUUGAUCAAGGCGCUUGUUCAGUGGAGGAAGCUCGUCCUCUGCGGCCCUCCUCGGGAGAUCUCACUGAGGUGUCAGAAGAAGUGCGACGUGGUGAUCUUCACGGACGGCUUCACCCCAGAUCUACGCAAGAAAGAACAAGGCCUUGAUCGUAUGGGGGCAGUCAUGUUCGCUCGCCGCGACGACCAUCCUCGACAGUUCUCUGAAGCGAUCCCUGUGAAAGUGGUUCGCAAGUGGCUCUUCCGCAAGACUCAGAUCGUCCCCAUCGAGAUGAUCGCCACGGUCCUCGCGAUCGAGACCUUCAAGGAUCACCUGAGAGGCAAGGACGUUCUGCUUCUGAUUAAUUCGGAAGCGGUAGAAGCCUCGCUCGUGAAGGGCUAUUCGUCAAAGCAAGAUCUCUGCAAAAUCAUUGAGCUUUUCUGGGAUCUUGCUCUUGAGCUCAGAAUAAGUUUCUUUAUCGACCGAAUCUCCUCGGACUCAAAUCCAGCAGACUGGCCCUCUCGGGAUCAGCUGUCUAUCGGCGAAGCCGCUGGAUGGAAAACCGUGUCCUGUGCCUGGCUGUCUGCUCUUGUGUGA